AAAAUUAAAAAACGUCACGAUGACAGUAAUAGUUUAGCUUUCAUUUUUUGUCCUUUUACAUUUUUUAUACAAUCCGUGUUAAUCUAAACCGAAGAUUGCAAGCAUUUCUCAUUAAUGGCUAAAUUAAGCGUACAAAAAAUAAUUUAAAUGAAAAGUUUGAUAUGUCUAUUUGGGUAGGACCCAUUGUCUCAGUAAAAAAACAUCGACCAACAGUGGGAACUGACGUAGCAAAGUCACAGCCGAGACCACAACUGGAACAGAAACCCGACACAGAGGAAAAAAGCAUAAUAACAGAAAAAUCAGACGAAAAUCAGCCCCAAAGUGAAGGGGAAAGCGCCGAGAAAGUCAGAAGUUUGGGCGAUAAGUCCGUUGAUUUUGUCAUAGUGUACAAGAAGAGCGCCCUAACCGACAAUUCCAUCGCUAAAAUUGAAACUUUUCUCUUGAAUUUAGAACAUAAAGGGUUUGAGCUUGAAACUUCCAUCUGUUCAGUCAACGCAGACAUUUACUUCAUAAAAAUACACGCCCCUAAAAAAAUUCUCUUGCAAUUCGCUGAAAUAUUUGGAAUAGAGCUAGCCUACCAGUAUAAGGAUUACAGAGUGAAAGGCACCCAACCUUACAGCUUCAUGGCCACUGUAUUGACAUCACCUAAUAUGACACACCCUGUGUACGAAAGGGCAAGGGCGACUCUGUUCGAAGAUAUCCCCCGAAGUAUCACGAAUGCCGAAAAAGGUCUAAUAAUAUACAAGGUGUUGGCACGAAACGCAUACGGGGAGGAAAAGCAAGAAUGUGGAAUUAGAAAACUGAUCAAUAUGAAUGUUUUCGAGUCGGCUUUUCCGAUUCAUGAUGGGCCGUGGAAAUGGACGGAGGAAGGGCCUCUCAACGACCGACAAUUGUUGGAUAAGUACUGGAGCAAUCUACGCUGCUUCUACAAACAACAGCCUUUGGACCUGAUUCAUAAGUACUACGGUCCUGAAACUUCCUUCUAUUUCGCCUGGUUAGGUUACUACAACAUGAUGUUAAUUCCAGCAUCGGCUUUAGGCAUUUUUUGUUUCAUCUUAGGUGUGUUAAGUUUCGAGGAUAUUUUUACAGCCCGAAGUAAAGAAGUGUGCGAAAGCUCGAUAAUGCUCUGUCCGAGGUGUCAUUUCAAAAAUUGCAAGUUUGAACCUUUGAAAAAUUCCUGUCUUCAUGCGCAUUUGAUUUAUGUGAUUGACAAUCCUUUGGUUAUCACUUUCGCCUGCUUGAUGUCCAUUUGGUCAACGUUUUUCCUUGAAUUGUGGCGCAGGAAAGAGGCAAUGUUGCAGAUUAGGUGGAAUUUGAGAGCAAUCGAAGCGGAUUGUUCCAUGAGGCCGCAGUUUGAAGCGAAAGCCAGGCAUUACAAAAUUUCGAAAAUAACAGGCAAUUUGGAGCCGUACAUGCCGAAAAAGGUGCAAUGUUUGAGGUUCACUCUUUCAGGAGCUGCUAUAUUAUUUCUGAUGUUAUUGAUGCUUCUCGGAAUGUUUGGGAUUAUGGUUUAUGUGAAAACUGUAUCGGCAUUGUUGACGAUAAGUACUGAACAACACAUUUUGACGAUAAAUCCAGGACUUGUGGCAUCAACAACUGGAUCGUUUUUGUCGCUUUGUUUUAUUCUUAUUUUUGAGUUGUUGUAUGAGAGAAUUGCAACAUGGCUGACUGAUUUGGAGAAUCCAAGGACACAAGUUGAUUAUGACAAUUCUUACACGUAUAAAAGUUACGCUUUAGCUUUCGUUAAUAACUACGCCGUUAUAUUUUACAUAGCUUUCGUGAAGGCCAGGUUCUACACCCACCCCGGCGACGAACGCCUUUGGACACGAGUAGGUGGUAUAGGCUCGGAUUUGUGUAACCCAGCUGGUUGUAUAAUCGAGUUAGGAAUCCAAUUAGUGAUGAUUUUAAUCGGCAAACAAUUUUUUUUUACAGCCAAACAAUACAUUCUCCCCAAAAUAACAAUUUUAAUGAGGACAAUACGAAAACAAAAAAAUCGGCAUGUCAAAGUGACGCUUCAGUGGGAAUGCGAUUAUUUACUAAAUCCGCACAAAAAGUACCACAUUAUGCAGGAGUACAUGCAGAUGAUUAUUCAGUACGGUUUUGUGACGUUUUUUGUCGCUGCUUUUCCACCAGCUCCUUUAUUGGCACUUUUCAAUAAUUUAAUCGAACUUCGAGUAGAUGCGAUUAAAAUGACUCGAGCUUUUCGACGACCUGUUGCUUUCAAAGUCCCGAAUUUGGCCGCUUGGAAUGGGAUUUUGAAAGGGGUGACUUAUAUAGGGGUUGCCACAAAUGCUUUCGUUAUCGCUUUCACUAGCGAAUUUGUUCAAAGGAAUAUCUACAAGGAGACGGUAAGAAGCGAUUUGGUCGGAUUUAUCAAUACUACACUUUCAGUUUUUAACGUCAGCGAAUUUUUAACGGAUUUUGGAACCGCAGACAACAUAACGUAUUGUUACUAUCCGGGGAAAAGGUAUCCUCCGGACCAUGCAAAUAAGUAUCAAUUGACUGAGGACCACUGGUAUACUCUAACAAUACGAUUUCUUGCAGUAGUAGUGUUUGAACAUAUUGUAAUGCUGAUAACUGGGAUAAUCGCCUAUAUUAUACCUGAUAUUCCAUUCUCGGUCAAGGAACACAUUAAUUACCAGAGAGAUCAGUUUAAGGCAAUUAAACUGAAAGCUCUGCAAGAAACCUACUUGAAGGAACAGAGGCAGAUGAAAAUAAAUGCUUUCAGUGAUACGUAAUUCUAAGUUAAUUAAAUUGUAUAAUAUGGUCAAGCAAAUAAACAUUUUAAGAAC